AUGGUUCCUCUUUUCCCCCACACCACCGACUUGCAGGGCGACGCACUCACCGAGCAGCAGAUCGCCGAGCUCAAGGAGGCCUUUGCCCUCUUCGACAAGGAUGGUGAUGGCGAGAUCACUGUCAAGGAGCUUGGUACCGUCAUGAAGUCUCUCGGUCUUGAGCCCUCUGAGUCUGAGCUUCAGGAUAUGCUCAACGAGGUUGAUGCUGACGGCAGUGAGUUCCUCGUUAUGAUGGCCCGCAAAGGAGCCGGCGGCGACCCCGAGAAGGAGCUCCGCGAGGCCUUUCGUGUCUUUGACCGAGAUGGCACCGGCACCAUCUCGCGCGACGAGCUCCGCGCCGUCAUGAAGUCUCUAGGCGAGGAUCUGACCGAGGCUGAAAUUGACGAGAUGCUCAACCUGGCUGACAAGGACGGCAACGGCUCUAUCGAUUACGCGGAGUUUGCCGAGAUUAUGGCGCAAAAAUAA